CAUGGUCUGCGUUGAUAUAGACGAGUGUAAAGACAACCCGUGCCAUGUCAAUGCAACAUGCCUCAACACCAUCGGGUCCCACACGUGCACCUGUAAGCGAGGUUUUUCAGCAAAUGGCGCCCAGUGUAAAGAUAUAGACGAGUGUUCUGUGAAGGAUACAUGCCACCCACGGGCACUAUGCACCAACGUCAUGGGGGAAUUCUUUUGCUCAUGUCAGCAGGGUUUUAAAGGGGAUGGCUUCUCCUGUCAGGAUAUUGACGAGUGCACCCUCUCUGAUACCGUUUGUCCAGCCUUCUCAAAGUGUAUCAACUCCCCUGGUGCUCAUGUCUGUUCAUGUUUGAAUGGCACAGUGGCCUUUAAUGGUACCUGUGUGCAACCCAGUCCAUUGUGUAACCCUGUCUGCCACUUCCAUGGCCUGUGCCACCAAUCGCCUGCUGGAUACCAGUGUGUGUGUGACCUGGGUUACGUGGGUGACGGGCUGGCUUGCUCGGAUAUAGAUGAGUGCCAGAGGGAAAACAUUUGUCCUCAAAAUGAAACGGAGUGUAUGAAUAUCCCAGGAUCGUUUUCCUGUGUCUGCAAAAAGGGCUACACACUCAAUGGAACACAGUGUGUUGAUGUGAACGAGUGUAAAAUGGGUCAGCAUGACUGCAGUGACUUUGCCCAGUGUGUCAACACAAUGGGCAACUAUUCCUGCUUCUGUCUCGGUGGCUUCACAGGCAACGGGAAGAACUGCUCUGAGAGCAACCUGUACCCCUUUGGAGCAGAGGUUGGUGAUAAAGGAGUCAAGAUGGACACAGAAGAUGGGAAUUCCCCAUACAUCACGCCACCGAUGGGUUUCCUUUUUAUGGGAAAAUUGUACGACAGGGUUUAUUUUUCAGACAAUGGCCUUGUCCACUUUCAAUCUGUCGUUGAGAAUGAGCAGUACCUGCUCCCCGCUCCUUCAGCCAGUGGUUUCCCCGACAACAUAAAUGUGACCCUGUUAGCUGCGUUUUGGGAUGAUGCUGACCUCACGCAGGGGGAUGGACGGCUCCUCUAUCAGGAAUACCACAAGCUUGAUAUGUCAGAUGUCUACUCCCAGGUAGUCUUUAACCGUACGGCAGACGAUGUGACAAAGUUUGAGGAGCGGAGAGGCAAGCCUGCCUUCACCCCUGCCUGGAUCCUCAAGAUCACCUGGGACCAUGUGAUGCCCGUCUCCUACCAGAAGAUCAACUUCUCAGAGACUAACACUUUCCAGUGUGUCCUGACCACCGAUGGAGCACGCUCGUUUGCCCUCCUGCGAUACGGGGAGAUGCGUUGGGGUCCUGGCCAGAGAAAAUACCACGACGCUCUCAUCGGCUACACAAAUGGAAAAUCCUCCCACAAGGAGCCCACUGUACCCCCAGAAAACCUUUUCGGGCCUGGGGGCAGAUACAGGCCCCAGCAGGUGAAAGGGGUCAUGGGAAAGUUGGGUCAGCUGGUGUACGAUUUGACAGCAUCAGCAGGGUCGGACGUGGAUUUGCGUAUGAAGUGCCAGGUGUGGGCGAUGAAGGAGCCUGACCCUGCUGCGUGGACAAGGGAGCUGUCUUCAUGUCCCUGCACCCGCGCCCAGGCUCUGGAGGACCUGUCCUUCUUGCAGGAUACUACUGAUGCGGGAUCAAGGGUGAAGACGCUGAGGGGUCAGCGGUGGGGGGGCGCAGGGGGGCAUGUCUUCCAGUCCAUCCUGUCCAGCAGACAAGGUUCAGGGAAGAGAUGUGUGUAUGACCCAGAUGGUCCGCUGCUGGCUGGGUACAACGAGCGCUACUUCUCCGGAAACAGCAUCCAAAAACAUAUUGAUGAAGAUCUCCUGCCAUUCCAGUGGUGUUGUAUCGAGUCUCCUCUAUGCCACCUUUACCUCAACAAGAGACCACUGGACCGUUGCCAAGGUUGCAGCUGGGCUGGCCCUGACGGCUGCACUCUAUCCAAGCAGGCGACGCGGGGUGUAGGGAUGGUGUACGGCAGCCUCCAUUUCAUCACCUUCGAUGGGACAGAGUACUCCUUCAAGGCCCUUGGCGAGUUUGUGAUAUUGCGUCUGUCCUCCGCCACCGGCUCUAAUAUCUUCACCCUACAAGGACAGACUGACAAGCUAUGCACAGACGCAAAGGGGAUCAUUGAGGUCCCAGUGGUGGUGCGCAUGGCUGCCUUCCACCAAGGCAUUGGCAAGAUUGAAUGGAGAUGUGUGGAGAAAGGAGACGGACUGCAGAUUUUUGUGGAUGAUGUUGAAGUCCCUGUAACAGUUGGUGUCGUGCACGUGGGUGAGAAGGACUUUGCUGUGCGCUGUAUGUCAGUGAAUCGCUGUGCGGCGGUGUACGCCAGUGGUCUCCACGUGGUGGCGUGGCGGGUUGUUGGUCAAAAUCAGCUGGCGGCCAUGGUGGAGGUUCCUCAGGCCUUCUACAACCGCACUGUGGGUCUCAUGGGUCUCUGGAGCUCCAACCGUUCCGACGAUUUCCUCAUGUCUGACGGCAGGCUCCUCCCCUCGACAAACCUCAACCCCCCCUCAGAGGAGAGACUGCACGGCUUCGGCUUGUCCUUUCCUGUCCCAGAGAGUCUGUUGUUCUCUUCACCUCCUCUGGUUCCACUGGAGCCUGUCUCCUCUGAGCAACUGCUGGAAAGCGCCAGUCCUGCUGAGGUGGAGGGCCUGAGGAGAACCUGUGAAGGCAGCAUGCAGUGUGUCUACGACACGCUAGCAACCGGCAGCUCUGACCUGGGCCUGCGGACUCUGGACGCCAAGAAACAAUAUGACAACCUGGCUCUGAUCUAUGGUAACAUGCCUCCCAUAGUGAAAGGGCCCGCAGUGAUCCGCGGUAUCGUCAACUCCACAGUCAACAUUCAGAUUGUCGCCCAGGACCCAAACGGAGACCCCAUCACCUACUCACUGCUCAACCCCAGGCCUCCACGGACUUCCAUAGGCAGCGGUGACGGCAUCCUGACAUGGACGCCCCUGACCACACAGCCAGUCCAGCUGACCAUUAAAGUCAGAGACAAGCUCACCAGCUCCCUGUUCACCCCCAUCCUGCACGUCUGCAACUGCCUCAACGGAGGGUCCUGUCAGUACGACAGCAUCACUAACAACUACCAGCAGGGAACCUUCCAGGUGGUAGGGUGCCUGUGCCCGAAGGGAUUCAGUGGAAAGUUCUGUGGGAAAACUGCAGACAUAUGUCAAGGCAAACCCUGUUUUCGAGGAGUGCAGUGCAAGUCCGAGUCAAAGCCUGGCCAGUUCACCUGCGGCGAGUGUCCCAAUAAUACUGUCUCUGGGGGGAAACAGGGAUACAAGUGCUUUGAGCAUGACAUGUGCAGCCCUCCUUUCCCCUUCCCCUGCCACAAAGAUGCCGACUGCCUCAGCACGAAACAAAGCUUCACCUGCACAUGCAAGCCUGGCUUUACAGGAGACGGAGGCAACUGCACAGAUAUAGAUGAGUGUGCAAUGCUCACAACCUGUCCCAACGCUAAGUUUGAAUGUAAGAACAAGCCCGGCUCUGUGGAAUGCAUCUGUAGAUACCAGAAGACCAAGGACACUGAUGGAUGUGGUGACUCUGCCAAUCCUCCAGGGUUUAAUGUGUUCAACGUCUCUAUGGACCGGAUGAAGAACAGACCUGAUGGACUCCAACAGCUGGUGGACAUUCUGUCGAUGGGUUUCCAGAACAAAUUCUACAACGCCAGCAAGAAGGAUCCAGUGCAGGGCUCCAAUUCCGAUGUGACAGAGUAUCGUAUCAACAUGUCCAGUGACACCCCCCACUGGUACAUCAGAGACUACCUGGCCAGAGUCAGCAGCCACCAUGACAUCAGGAGCGUAGAAGUUGAUGAUCUGGAUGAGUGUAAGUCCAAGGAAGCGAUGUGCGCCCACCCUGCCCUCUGCACCAAUACUUACGGAGGCUACAGGUGUGUUUGCAAUGGCACAACUGAUGUGGAUAACAGCCAGUCCUGUGUGUUAGGCCGAGACAAGGUGAAUGCUAUGGAACAAGACCUUGUUCUGGGCCUGGUUCUGGGCAUCGGCAUCCCUCUGCUUUUGCUGCUGCUCUUGGCUGCGCUGGCCUGCUUCUGCUGCCGCAAGAAGACUAUUACCGGAGACCUCCAGCACAUGAUGCCAGACUACAUCCAGGAGCAGUACAACCCUCCGCCCUUCAACUACUCUGACCCUGCCCUCCACUACAUUACCCACAGCAGCCCCCGGAUCCUAGACCACUACAUACCCAGGCAACGCCACAGAUAGUACAUACUAAAACCACAUACACAUAAAUGCAAUUAAACACACAAAGAAAAUGCACGGGCUUCUAAACACAAGCGCAAGCACCUUUUGGAGCCACCGUAUAUGUUUUAUAAAGACAAGAUGAAUGACUCUUAUUUAUAUCGUAACAAACAAGUAAUUCAACCUGAGUGACUUUUAAAGCCAAUUAUUUCCAAUUCUCUCCGCUGAGCAAUGGACCUGCCAAGUUUAAACUGGAAGUUUUUUUUGCCAGGACAACAGUUUACAGUCAGAGUCUGACCCAGCAGAACUCAAGAAUCUCUUGGCUGGAGACAGUGAUGAAAAGUAAACCACUGCAGUGGUCUUUAGUUUCCAGCUGAUACUAGGCCAACAGCCUCCUUGAUAGCAACAUUAGCAUCAGGCAGAAUACCUGGCAUCAGGCUCCUGCCCUUGAUCCAGUGCGUUAUGGUUCUCCAAAAUGUACAGUAAUACAUCCAUAUUUGUAUCACUCAAAAUCACCAAAAGACAUAGUUGAUUCAAUUUAUGUGUUAUUAAUUUUUGCAAACACACAAUCCAUUAAAAAAUUAGGUGACGUGGUUUUCUAAAAGCAUUCAUCCCACUUUGGGAUUACACUCUAGAUGAUUGUCCAUUGCUGGAUUGUGUCCCAGUUAAUUUAACACAGCAGAGUAUUUCAGUGUUUCAGUUGGCAGCUGUCUUUUGUGAGGCUGGACUGUCACUGCAAGUUAAAAUACAAUGUGUAAAUAUAAUGUAAAUCAAAGUGCCACUUUAGUAACAUUGUGCUGGGGGGAUGUUAUUUCAAGAACAUAGCAACUUGGAUGUUGGUGUACCCUACCUCUACCUACUCUGACCUCCCAUUGGAGAGGAAAAUGAAUACCACAUUUGUCAUUUACCUGCAAGCUGAUACAUGUCAAGUUGAAGCUGCUGAUAGUUAUAAAAGAAAAUAUUAUUUAUAUAUAUAUAUAUAUAUAGU